GGCUGGCUUUAAACAUCUUGGAUGACUACAACCUGCGCGGUCAUAAAAUUCGCGUACAACGUGCCGAAUUUCAGAUGCGUGGAGAGUAUAAUCCAGCAUUGAAGCCGAAACGAAAGAAGAAAGACAAGGAGAAAUUGCAGAAAAUGAAGGAAAAGCUUUUUGAUUGGCGACCGGAAAAGAUGCGCGGCGAGCGUUCCAAAAAUGAGAAGGUGGUUAUUAUUAAAAACCUUUUUGAUCCGACUAUUUUCGAGAAGGAAGUACAACUCAUAUUGGACUAUCAGAACGAGUUGCGAGAAGAGUGCAGCAAAUGUGGUACAGUUCGCAAAAUUGUCAUUUAUGAUCGCCAUUCUGAAGGUGUCGCACAAGUUAAUAUGGCUGAUCCUGAAGAAGCCGAUGUGGUUAUACAAAUGAUGCACGGACGGUUCUUUGGCCAAAGGAAGUUGACCGCAGAGCAUUGGGAUGGAAAGACGAAAUACAAAAUUAUUGAAUCUGAGGCCGAGAUACAGAAACGACUUAACAAUUGGGAUCAAUAUCUAACACAGGAGGAAAAUGAACGCAAAGAAAAUGCAUCAAAGCCGGACGAUGCAAAGGAAAAAGGCGAUAUGCUAUGUGACAAUGAAGAUAUUCAAUGCGGCGUAUUAGAAGAAAACUCGAAAUCUGCUUGCAGCGAUGUGAAAGCGUUGGAUAAUGAUUAAUUGCAUAGAUCGACAAGAAAAUCGGAACUGACGCUAACUACUACUGAUUUUUAUGCAAAGUCCGGACUCAGUUUCUUCGAUUUUUUAGGAGACUCC